UUUAUCUAUCACUCUGUUAUAUUUAAGAACAUAACCUAAAUAGUUUUAAGGUGCCUCUCUCGCCGCAAUUCAUAAUUUGAGACUCUGAUUAUCAAAGAAACUUUGAUACGUUUAGAAAAUGUCCGAGAUAGAUGAGAAGGGAGAUAAAAUUCAAGACAUUCCCGUCGAAGAUGUACGUUUCAAAGAAGAUCCAGAAUCAAUCUACAGAAUUUAUAGCGUCAUUUCCUAUGUAAUUGUCUUAGUCAUAAUUGGCAUUCCGGUGUGGUGGCAAACUACCAAAGUGUAUCGCGCCCCUUUACCCCUUGAAGAUAUGUUCAAUAUACAGAUACCUUCAAUGAUGAUCCGCCCAGACAGUAUUCCAUUAAGUCUAGAAUAUGACAUACUGAUCACAAUAGUCAAUCCAGAACCAGAAAAGCUUAAAGUGGAUAUAAAUUCAAAUGAAAUUGCUGCCAAUCUGCAAAACUUUAUACAUACUCUAACACCAAUUGCGAACUUCACAGUGAAAAGUCAAUGGUUGUAUUUAGUAGAUUUGGGUAUAGUGCCUGUGCAAGGUGCAGAUCAUCUAAUGGUCUAUGAGCAUUCUUUAACACAUGUUAUUACACCACUGGAAAAGAAAACAUGGGCACACAUGUCACCAAGGCCCUCAUUGAAUUUGGUGAUUUAUUUUCCGCAUUGCAAGUCGCCUCUUUAUGUCUACACAGAUAACAAAGUCAGAGUGCCGUCUAACGCGUUUUUAAAUCUUAGAUGGGGUGGAAUGAUGAUAAACAACGCUGAUGUUGAAUCUUGCAAGACUGGCUUUUACAAGCCAGAUUUAAAACCAAUAGUUGAUACUUUUUUGACUCAAUUGCAAAAACUAAUGUAUUUGAAGAGCUUACAACAGGAAGAUGUAAGAGAGUUGGAAAUGCUGCGAGCAUGGGAAAUGGUGACAUCAACGCGGAGGACAUUGAAAUCUUUGGCGCAAUUAUUAAUUGAAAUUAACAGUAUUGUAAUCAGUGAUGAAGUUGCUGAGAAAAUUCAGAUUGCAUUAAAGAUGGCCGAUGAAGCGGUUGAGUUCUUGAAUGCGGGGGAUGUUGCUAGUGGCUUGAAGAGCGCCAAAAUUGCAUAUACUAAUUCUGAAGCUGCGUUCAGUGAUCCGUCGUUGUUGGCUUUACUGUAUUUUCCUGACGAUCAAAAGUAUGCCGUAUAUAUUCCACUUUUCUUGCCGAUAAUGAUACCGGUUUUCAUGUCUCUGGUGACUAUCCAAAAAUGGCUGAAAAGUAAAAUGACGACGAAGGUAAAAACAAAUUAAAGCUUACCCUCGUACUCAAAAAUGGGUACAUUAAAAGUGAUUUUUAAUAUUUUAUAUAUAAAUUAAAUACGCAAAAACGAUUGUAAAUACUAAAUGUCAUUACACUAGAAUUUCCCAUUUCAUGUUCACAUUUUCAAGUCAAGUCUACACUUUUGGAAUUUACAUCCUUAUCAAAAAUGAUCAACUUUAUAAUCCUUUACUGAUUUCCCCCAUGAUAGAAUAAAGUAAUUAAGAUUCGAAA